GCCAGAACUGCAGUUUGCAUCUCAUCCAUGCACAGAUGGCUCUGUAUAUUUUACCACCCGACAUCAUCAUCACAUCUGAACAAAAGGCCGGAUGAUCUGCUUUCAAUACAAAAAAAUAAAGGCGAUGUUUCCUUGGAUUCUGAUGACUUCAUUGUUUCCAGAGGUUACAAAAGCUGAAAGAGGAUUGCUGAUGUACUAGAAGGAGCAAGCUAUGGAGGCAGAUUACCUUUCCUUUGAAAAUCCUCUCUACAGGGAACUGAAAUAUUUCUACAAGAAGGUGAAAGGCGCUUACAUGGAUUUAAAGGAUGAACUGACUCCUUACAAAGAUGAUCGGUACUAUAGAAUAGCACCAAUGCGAUUAUAUACUCUCUCCAAGAGACACUUUGUCCUGGUGUUCAUGGCCUUCUUCAUAUGUUUUGGACUGAUAGUUUUUAUCGGGAUAGCUGGUCCAGAAAUUAUUACAUCCAGAGCAUUACCACCAAUUCCAUCCACAAGGAAAGGUAAUCUGUCUAGCCCACUGAAACUGCGAACACCAGGGUUGUCCACAUACAACCAGGAGCUAUGGUUAACAUGUCGGUUUGAACAAAGUACAGAAGUGGAAUUCCGGAAAAAUGUUUCCAUGAUGGUUGCAAUAAGUGGAGUCAUGCAAGACACCAGUGUGCCAAACAUUAGGGUGCAACCUCAUAACCAUACUCGGUCUCUUCACUGUCCAAAUCGGCUCUGUGAUGAAAUAAUUGUACUCCAUCUUGGUUAUCUAAACUACACGGAAUAUGUGAUUACUGUCACAUUUUACAAUCUAGUAAACACUGAGUUUUCAAUCAAGGAUGUGAAUUUCACACUGAAGAUGUAUAAUGCCUCAUUUUCACAAGUGGAGAUCUGGUUCCGGUUCAUCUUUGUAGUUUUCACUUUCAUGGUCACAUGCCUGUUUGCUCACUCUUUGAGGAAGUUUUCAAUGCGAGAUUGGGCGAUUGAACAGAAAUGGAUGUCCAUCUUAUUGCCAUUGUUACUGCUUUAUAAUGACCCAUUCUUCCCACUGUCAUUUCUUGUAAACAGUUGGUUUCCAGGAAUGCUGGAUGAUCUUUUCCAAGCGAUCUUCCUCUGUGCUUUGCUGCUGUUUUGGCUCUGUGUUUACCAUGGAUUCCGUGUGCAGGGAGAGAGGAAGUUCUUAACUUUUUAUUUGCCUAAACUAUUAAUUGUUGGUCUCCUCUGGCUGGCUGCAGUGACACUGGGAAUAUGGCAGACAGUUAAUGAGUUACGUGACCCAACAUACCAAUAUCGAGUAGACACAAGCAACUUCCAGGGAAUGAAGAUUUUCUUUUUGAUAGUGGGUUCCCUGUAUGUACUCUAUCUGGUUUUCCUGAUUGUGAGGGCUUGCUCGGAACUGAAAAAUAUGCCGUACUUCGAUCUCCGACUGAAAUUUUUGACUGGGUUAACAUUUAUUGUGUUGGUAAUAAGCAUUGUCAUAUUGUAUCUGAGGUUUGGAGCUAACGUCCUGCAAGAUAACUUUGUAGCAGAGCUUUCAACUCAUUAUCAGAACUCAGCUGAGUUUCUAUCCUUCUAUGGCCUACUGAACUUCUAUCUCUAUACACUGGCAUAUGUGUAUUCCCCCUCGAAGAAUGCUGUGUAUGAAUCCCAGCUAAAGGAUAACCCGGCCUUUUCCAUGUUAAAUGAUUCUGAUGAUGAUGUGAUUUAUGGGAGUGAUUAUGAAGAGAUGCCUUUACAAAAUGGCCGUGCCAAUAAAUCAAAGUACCAGGAUGAGUCCGAUAGUGAUUGAAGUACUUCUUCAGAGGACUAAUUGUUUUCCCUUGUUAAUUUCUGAAAACCGAUGGUGAAGCCAAAUUUUCUUUCAACUGUUUUUCAUGUCAGCAUCCUCUAGCUGAAUUGUCCCACUGGUAACUUAACCUGUAAAUAUUUAACCAUCUCAUUCUCUGAGCACCUCAUCUGGCUGUCCUGCCCUUAUCAGUACCUUCUGAUUGUGAGCAGAGGAAGGAGCAGAUUACCGUGCUGAAGAUGAGCAUUUCCUAUUCUUUGUGGGUAAAGGGAGUGUGUGGUUUUAUCUGAAACCAAAUCAUGCUGCUUCUCAAGACGUUUCUACCUAAUGAACAAUUAUAAUGCCAUGAAUGUUCUGUUGGUGAGCUCACUUUUACACUAGAUGCCAUAUACAGCACGUUCAAAGCCCUGAGUGGAGUAAUGUGUAACUUUUUAAAGCAGAACUUUGGAUGCUGCUUGUGAAUGCAUUUGAUGCUGUUAUAAAAUUCAAAAUGUCUGAGAAAUUAAUCGAGCUAUGGACCAGAGAUUGAAAUUCCAAGUCCAACUGUUAAAAGCGUCAUAACAUUACUUUAUAAAGUUAAAACUAUUUUCUAAACAAAAUAAAGGAUUGGAAUUUCAGUCUCAUGCUUUUAUUUGUGUUACUUGUAAAAUAUGAUACAAUGUUAAAUACUUUUGUCAAGUAAUAUUUACUACUACACUUUGAGAGCCAGUAUCAGAGAGAAGUAAAAAACCCAGUUAAUUUGCUCUGAUUGUAUCACUACACCUUAUUGUUUACAAGUGUUUAUUCCACAACAGUUGAAGUUAACCUCAGCUGACUAUACAUGAACACCUCUUUGCAAGUUUCUCUCAUUGUGAUAGCAUAUUUAAUUCAAUUAAAUUAUUAUUGCCGCAAUAAAUCUAAAGUCCUGCCUGAAGUAAGGAAAAUGACCAUUUGUAAAUAAUCUCUCCUCCUGUUGCUAGUUCUCUUUGUCCUAAUCCUAUACUAUUUUUCCAUGUUUUUAUCUCCUGGAAGUAUGUAAACUUUGAUCGAAAAUCAAUGUUUUUCAUGUUCAGUUGUUUCUCCCUUCAAUAAACUUCUAGCAAAGCAGAAAAGUCUAUUUUAGAAAAACUAAAAAAAUUCCAAGUGAAUGAACAGCUAAAUUGUUCCAAGUUAUGCAGAGAAUAGGGAAGAAUCUCUCACUGGGAUAAUUGACAUUGGGCAGGAAUAGAAUGGAAUUUGCAACUGCAUUGAGGUAGUAUAACAAGGUGUUUGUCCAGGAAAAUUGUAAUGUACAGUCAGGAAGACCUCAGGUCAAGUUCUGAUGUGGUUUUCCUGUAUUUUGAUUUAGAAGUUCAAUUGUUGAAAAAUGAUACAGGUAAAGUGGGGUGGGCACCAACACAAAAGACCUAAAAUCUGGUUGUGGUAUUUAAUUUGAGGUUGUUUGACUGACACCCAUUUCCCUGAGGCACAGCAAACCAAUUCUUCCAUAGCGACUCACCUUUCCUAGAAGAUUUGUUUUAUGUUUGAUAUGGCAAGUGCAAUGUUACUUUUCAUCAGGAACGUAUUUGAUCUUUAAGGCAGCAAUAAAAUCAAAUGUUUUAAUUGGGGAUAAUACCUACUUGAUUGGGCAUCAGUAAUAUACCCUGCCUCAAACUAUAUCCCACCAAUUACUGGAAGUGAUCCUGAUUUCCCUACCUGUCAUCGUCUUGUACAUCGUCAGUUUAUGUUCUAACAAUCAUACAUCUCAGGUUCCUCAUCUAAGUCAAUCCCAGAAACUGGAAGGAGAAAACAAGCAAGUUGUCUUUAGCUGUCUGAACCAAGCAAGUUGUCUCUACUCUUUUAAACUUUAAAAGAGAAGUUGUCUUUAGUAUUUUAACCUUUCGAAGACGAGAGAGGACGAAGUUUUAGUGUGCAGCAGGAUGCAGGUGGCUGCUCAGGCAGGCAGGGAAGUGACAAAUGGGGCUAAAUUGUGAGGUUAUGCAUUUAGGGACAUACAAGGCAUAGGUAGUGAGGGGUGGGAGGCUAGCAGAUACCAAUGGAUCCUUAAAGGUAGCGGAUUGGUAUGGAAGGAAGUUGAAAAGGCACGUGGGAUGCCUUCACUUAUUAGGCAUAACAGAGAACAAAAUACGAGGGAAGUAGGUAGGUGGUUUUCUUUGAAACAGAAAAAGCCAAGGGGAGUUUUGUUCAUUCAGCUCACUGAGUCUGCACUGACCAUCCAGAGCUCCAUUACACUGACACUGUAUUAUCCUCCCCACAUGUCAUCAACUGCACCCCCUCCGAUUCCACCCCCCCCCCCCCGGCCUGCACACCACACGCAAUUUACAGUGGCUAAUUAGUCUUCUGAGCCACAUGUUGGAUUUGGGAGGAAAUCACAUAGGACUGGAUCAAACCUAGGUCACUGGGGCUCUGACUGUGCAGCUGUACUAGCUUCACCAACCUGCUGUUUAACUGAGGUGUAUAAAAAUAUGUGUGGUCUCCAAAGAAUAGUGGUUUAGAGGGAAGCUGGUAUAUUACAGGGUCCAGAACCAACCCAAAGGGGAGCUGUGACCUGCAGGAAAACAGACCCAGUGCUGAAAGGUGAGAUUGGGCUGGGGUGUUAUAACUUGACCAACACAGCACAAUGGGCAAAUGGUUGCCUCCUGUGUUGUCUAAUUUUUGUGAUUCACCAGGAAGAAGAUCUAAUCUUUGGAAGGUCUGUUGUUAUUGGGUGUGUAGGUCACCAUUUAAGUGCAACCUUAGCCAGAUUUUAUGGAAUGGGCUGCCAAAUUUUCCAUUGCCCCUUUAGCCUAAAUUAUUUUUAAAAUGCAUAUGUAAAAAUAAUGCCAAGUUGAAGCUUUUUCUCCCCAAAUCAAUCAAUUUAUCCAGCUAAUAAAGGACAGAAACAUUCACCACAUUUAAAUGAUACUGUGAUAGCCCAUCAUUGAGGAGACACAGUGCUCCCUCUUCUAAGUCAAUUCUUGACACCAUACUCCAGGAGAGACAUCAAAGGCUUUGUAGAGGUUUGCUCAAAUGAUUUUGGAGAUGAGGGCUUUAGUUCUAUGGAUAGAUUGGACAAGCUGAGGUUGUUCUCCUUAGAACUGAGGAGAUAGCCAAGGAUCUAAUAAAGAUGUUUAAAAUCAUGGAAGGUCAAGGCUCAGUGAGGCUGGUGCGAUUGAUUCAGUACGUAAAUAGAAACGUCCCAUUGGAGGAAGGUUCAAGAACUGGGGAUACAGAAUGAAGAGAAUUGGAGAAAGAACCAGAAGAUAUAUCAGGAAUGUUUUUUGAGCAUUGGUGAUUGAGAACGCACUGCCAAAGUGGGUAAUGGGGCAGAGUCGAUUGUAGAGUCCAAACAAAUCUCUAUGAGUAUCCUACAGGAUAGAAUUUAGGGAGAUUUCGGGGAAGUGAUGCAUUGAUCUGUGGUGGACCCAGCACCUGUACCGUAACCACCCUGUGAUUCUGUACGCAGCAGUGAGUUAACGUCACUAUGAAAGGGCUGCAGUAGCACUGACUAAAGGUGGUACGGCCUAGACAGCAGUACCAAUUCUCAGUAAAACCAUUAUGCAUUCCACUUCAAUAAUCCAUCUGCAAGUAACAGUUCUAAGUGAUGCAGAACUUCUCCAAUUAUACUGUAAUGGCUAUGAGGUGACGGUUAACAGAGGUGAGGAUGCUGCCAUUUGGUGAAUUGUAGUUUAGAUUGAAAUGAUACAAUGAUAAUCAACAUAUCCAUUGACAAAAUACAAGUCCACGUAGAGAGGGUCAACUCUGAUUGAGACAGGAGUAACAAUGACAGUAUCUUGGGAUCAGUAUCCUGUAAGACGUGCUGAGAUCUCCAUUCUGAGUAUUCAUCUUGCCCCUGAGUCACUGGUAGUGACAGCCACAAGUAUUUUUUUAAAUGUGAUUAUUUUAAAGUUAAAAAUAGAACAUUUUUCACAGUCCACAAAACAUUUGAUAAUGCCCAACUAGCAUUUUUUAAAAGCUUUCCAUAGAUUUUAGUGCUGUUUUCAACAAACUAAUUCUGCUUUACUGUUUAAUGUCAUUGUUGCAUGGUUGAAAAAUUACUGAAGUUGAUAUUUAUAAUAGAUCAUAAUACCAAUGUACGUCAGCUGGAUCUGUAAGUAUUUUGAUGUCAAUGUACAAAUCUGUGGAGAUACUCUAGAUUAAAAUAACUCAUUUUAAAACUCAGCAUGAUUUUGUUGAUUUAAUGGUCAGUUAUCA